GCUCCACGAAGCCUGAUGCUAUCCCCGCAAGAAUAAGAAUCGGACCCUCCACACCAUGGCGACGGGGACGCCGCCUUUUAUUAGCAAACACAGAUUUGCUUUCAUAUUAGUUUUCCUUCGUUCCAAUCCACUUGACGGCCAACAUCUUCUAAUUCCCUUUCAAGUUCCUUCGGAUUGCAGUGCGGAAGAGUUCUUCGACAUCUCCAGUUUAUCGUGUGUGAGCUGUGGGCAAAAUCAACAACGUAGCGCAGCAGGUCUGAGUUGCAUUUGCCAAAGUGGCUUCCGCACAGUCACGACUGGGCGGCCGUCCAUUUCUUGUGAGGCCUGUCCGGGGGACAAGCCAGCGGUAACUAAAGAUGGUUUUGGAUGCAUUCGCUGCCCGGGCAGUAUUAGUGAUGAGGGCCAGUGCCAGUGCCCUGCAAGACACAUCCUUGUGGAAAGGGAUGUCAGUGGAAACCUUUUGGAGGAGGCCACAUGCGAGAUGUGUAAUGGAAAUGGAUCCGCGUUCUCGGUGCCGAACGGCAGCGGGGACAGGUGCGAGAGAUGUCCGGCUUCCUUCAUCAAAAGCGCCUGUGUGUGUAACCCUCCGUCUGUGCUGGCAGGAGGGUUGUGUAUCCCCCCUGGCAGCCUUUCCACCAAUGUCAAUCCCAGUGUCAACUUUGCUCAGUUGAAGUUCAGCGUCGUCUCUGCCUGGUUCCUCCAAAAUCUCUACUCCGCCGCAGGAGCCUGCCUCAGCUUCUCCAACCUGACGGCGUGCCAGGCCCUCGCCAACAUGUGCGUGAUGAACACGCACUCCUUCAGCGGCGUCGGCGUUGACGCCUGCGGCCUUUUUAACACCGUCUUCAGAUCACAGGCCGCUUUUAGCGCCACUCAAGACAUUUCCUACUGGAGACGUGAUCUACCAUGGCUUUACUACGGCGAUGAACCAGGAUUGGCGAGUCGAGUCCUUCAGACUGAUCCAGUCCCGGUUAGCUUCAUUUUCAGAGGAAGAAACAAGAACACGGACAUUAAGCUGCUCGCUGCCGUUUUUACCGUCGGAGGCGAGUUCCUUCGAUGGGAAGACAUCGGAGGAUCCAAUCUUCAAAUUUGUCCAGAAACACCCAUCAAACGGUCGUCAGCUUUCAGUUUUGGCACCGCUUACCAAGAAAGUUGUGAGCUGUCAGUCGCCGACCUGCUGCUCGCUCAUCCCGAGCCGCUGUUUUAUGACGUGUUUCUGGACCUCGGUGGAGAAGAGAGCAGAAAACUGCUGGCCUUGCCCACGUUGGUCCUUAACCAGCAAUAUCAUGGAAAGUUCAUCAACCAAGAGAGCCUGACGAACUGGUACCUGUCUCGGCGUAUGUUUCUUGUCGACGCGCUGAGCGGCAGAGAGAAAAGCGCUAGCGUCCUUCCUAAAGUCAUCCGUGUCGCCCACGCUGUCAAAAUAAAGUUCCAGUUGGUUCCACGCACACAGCAGGGGCAGGUGUUCCCCCCGCUGCUGACUGUGGAGUACAGAGACAUACUGAUCACCGACAUCGACGCGCAAACUGUGUCUAUGAGCUUUGCCGUCGAAUAUGAGAUGGAUCAGAAUGAGGCUCGCUUGAAGACCGACACUGCUCUGGGUGUCUUGGCUGGUCUGUCCGUGCUCUUGUCAGUGCUCAGAACAGUCAGUUGGAAGAGGAGGAUCGCCUCGCCUGUCGUCGAUUUGAGGACCAUGCUGAUGUUUUUCUUGUUUUACGCUGGAGAUCUCGCCAAUGUUUUCCUUGCCGUCACUGUGGGAACUGGACUCUACUGGCUCAUCCUGUACAAGGCGCAACAGCAUGCGUCAGUGUUGUUGCCGCUCCCUCAUCAAGAGGAGCAGUUCGUGACGUACGUCAGCUGUGCCUUUGCUCUCAAGGCAGUGCAGUUCCUCCACAAGCUGAUUGUGCAGUUGUCAGUGGACGUCUUCUUCAUUGACUGGGAAAGGCCGCGCAGUAAAGCAAGCAGGACUGUGUCAGCCAGUGGUCAGCAGAAACGUGAUCCCUCCCAAGUCAGCAUCUGGAGGACCUACUUCGUGGCCAACGAGUGGAAUGAGAUCCAGACCAUCCGCAAGAUUAGGCCAACUUUUCAGAUCAUGGCUGUGCUCUUCUUUCUUGAAGUGUUGGGUUUCUCGAACUUAGCCCUGAGGGACCCCUGGCCAACUCUGCAGCGCCCCCCACAGGCGUACACGCCUUCCUACAGCCUGACCAUGCGCUACGGUCUGUCGGCGACGCUCUGGCUCGGCAUUGGACUUCUGCAGGUCAUUUUCUUCACUGUGUUUUAUGAACAUUUUGUGGAAGACAAAAUCCGCCAGUUUGUGGAUCUCUGCUCCAUCAGUAAUGUGAGUUACAAUAUUUCCGUGCUGCUCUUACCGCAGCGCUGUUUUGGCUACUACAUCCACGGGCGCUCUGUGCACGGUCACGCUGACACAAACAUGGAGGAAAUGAACAACAACCUGCGGAGAGAAGCUGAGUCGCUGUGCGGCCAAAGAGGUCUUCUUCCCGACACGGACAUGCAGACUUUCCAGGUGGCCCUUUCCAGCCGACUGCGCUCGCAUUACGACAGGAUACGGGACUCCUUCACCAGGCGACACGGACCAUCAAGACUCAUGGAUGCGGCCUCAUUCAACCAGACAGAGCAAAACAUCCGGGCCUACCACACUAUGAACCACUUCCUGGGAUCAGUCAUAGAUCAUGUCCACCCUGACAUGGACUACAUUGUGAGGGACAAACUGGUAUUGGAGAGGGUCAUGGGUAUGGAGUUCCUUGAACCGAAUGACAAGAGCAUCUUUUAUAACGAUGAAGGUCACUCCUUCGGGGAUGUACUUUUUUACGGAAAUGAGGGCACGCUGCUGAUUUUUGACACGCUGUUCUUCUGCGUGGUCGACCUCGCUUCUCAGAACUUCGUACUCGCUGCCGUCCUUACGUACGUUCAGCAAAUGGUCUUUGAAAGGAUUCGCAUUUUUUUCGGAAGGAGAAACCUUGUCAACAAAACUCUGGUGGAUGACAGAUUUCUGAUAUGAUCGUUCAUUGCGCACGUAUUGUUAAAACUGUAAUUUAUGGUCGAGUUCUAUGUUGCUGUAUUUGCAAUCCACUUGUUUGAGACAUUUUUACAUAUCUGUUCCCUGAUGUAUAUACAUUUCCCUGGUAAAUGUAUUUUUAUCGAUUAAAGCAUUUUUGUACUCAUUUGAA